GCCCCACGGGGGCACAAAAUCGAACGGACCUUUGCUAUGGGCGAGUCCUUACGUAGCUGCGUCACUCCUAUUUGUUCCUUCCCGGUGCGUGCACGGCUUCUGCUAUCAACUCACAGAAAUCAUGGCGUCCCUAUCCAUGGCCCCAGUGAACAUCUUCAGGCAAGGAGCUGACGAGGAGAAAGCUGAGACAGCCCGUCUGUCGUCCUUCAUCGGUGCCAUCGCCAUUGGAGAUCUGGUGAAGAGUACCUUGGGACCAAAAGGAAUGGACAAGAUCCUUAUCGGAGGUGGCAGGGAGGGAACUGUUACAGUCACCAAUGAUGGGGCCACCAUCCUCAAAGCCAUCGGAGUGGACAACCCUGCUGCCAAAGUGUUGGUUGACAUGUCCAAGACCCAGGAUGAUGAGGUUGGAGAUGGCACCACCUCUGUCACGGUAUUGGCUGCUGAACUGCUCAGGGAAGCUGAGCUCCUCAUCGCCAAGAAGAUCCACCCUCAGAUCAUCAUCUCUGGCUGGAGGAAGGCCACCCAGGCAGCCCGCCAGGCUCUGAAGGAGGCUGCUGUGGACCAUGGUGACGACCAGGUGAAGUUCCAUGAGGACCUUCUGAACAUCUCCCGCACCACCCUGUCUUCCAAGCUGCUGACCCACCACAAGGACCACUUCGCCAAGCUGGCCGUGGAGGCUGUGCUCCGGCUGAAGAGCUCCGGUAACCUGGAAGCCAUCCACGUCAUCAAGAAGCUCGGAGGCAGCCUCAUCGACUCCUACCUGGACGAAGGUUUUCUGCUGGACAAGAGGAUUGGUGUGAACCAGCCCAAGAGGCUGGAGAACGUCAACAUCCUCAUCUCCAACACUGGCAUGGACACCGAUAAGAUCAAGAUCUUUGGCUCCAGGGUGCGUGUGGACUCCACGGCCAAGGUGGCUGAGAUCGAGAUGGCUGAGAAAGAGAAGAUGAAGGAGAAAGUGGAGCGGAUCCUCAAGCACGGAAUCAACUGCUUCAUCAACAGACAGCUGAUCUACAACUACCCAGAGCAGCUGUUUGCUGCAGCAGGCGUCAUGGCCAUAGAACACGCCGACUUCUCUGGAGUGGAGCGCCUGGCUCUCGUCACGGGAGGAGAGAUCACGUCGACCUUCGACCACCCCGAGCUGGUGAAGUUGGGCCACUGCAAGCUGAUCGAGGAGGUGAUGAUCGGCGAGGACACUCUCAUCCACUUCUCAGGAGUGGCCCUGGGUGAGGCGUGUACCGUGGUGCUGCGUGGAGCCACGCAGCAGAUCCUGGAUGAGGCUGAGAGGUCUCUCCACGAUGCCCUGUGUGUCCUGGCUCAGACCGUCAAGGAGACGCGUACUGUCUACGGAGGAGGCUGCUCUGAGAUGCUGAUGGCCAAGGUGGUGACAGACCUGGCCCUCAGGACACCGGGCAAAGAGGCCGUGGCCAUGGAGUCUUUCGCCAAAGCUCUCAGAAUGCUGCCCACCAUCAUCGCAGACAACGCCGGUUACGACAGUGCCGAUCUGGUGGCCCAGCUGAGAGCUGCUCAUCAGGAGGGGAAGACCACCAUGGGUCUGAAUAUGAACCAGGGUACCAUCGGUGACAUGUCAGAGAUGGGGGUGACAGAGAGCUUCCAGGUCAAGAGACAGGUUCUGCUGUCUGCUGCGGAGGCUGCAGAGAUGAUCCUCCGCGUCGACAACAUCAUCAAGGCUGCGCCCAGGUGACGACCAGCACCUGACACACACACACA